AUGCUAAUCCCUAGUCCCAAGCAGCUAGUGAGGGGUUGUGGGUCCUGUCUGACCACUUCAGUUGAUGUGCACACUCCAGGAGUAGCCUGGUUGAAUCUGGGUGGUCGGAGAUGGUUUGCUAAGCCCAAGCAGAGGAAACAGAAAAAGAUAGUUCCUACGGCAGAGCACUUGGCAACGAAGGGCCUACCACCGAUGCGUUUGGAAGAUCGGAUCGGCAACCCACAGAGCCCUUAUGAGAUUGCUAAGAAUAUCAGGCAACAUAUCUCGAGGUUGACUAAACAGGAUAGGAAUCAGAUUCGGCGUAAAAAAGAUUUCCGUCGUUACACUCUCCAUAGAAUGUACGAGUUUGCGGGCCUCACCCAUACUACACCAACAUCACGGGAGUAUGAGGAGGAGAGGGCUGGGGGACCAAUCACAGUUCGUAACGGGACUAACAGCACUACAGCAUGGCAGCCACUUGCCGAGGAGUCCAACAGAUGA